AUGAAGAGAUCCUAUCCGUACACGGGCCCAGGAGCUCCGGCGGGAGGCGGUCCCGGCCAGCCCAUCGGCACCGCCUACGGGCAGGCCCAGCCGCCUCCUCCAGCAGGCCCAGCCCCGCCAUUGCCUGCCGGUCCCAACGCCAACCUUGCUCCGACACAGUCGUAUGCCAACUACGGCUAUGGGCAGGUCGCAUCCGGUCGCGCCUCGAGCCAAGCGGCCGGGACGUCCAAUAGCGCCGGUCUGACCGCGACCGACGCACAGCAGGCCCAGUGGCACCAGCAGUGGCAGCAGUACUACGCGCAACAGGCAGCCGUCACCGCUGCCGCCGCACUGCCCGCCUCGUCCCAGCAGGCCGGCCCCCAACAGAGCUCCGGCUACGUGCCCGGCCGCGUCGGACCGUCGCCCCAGCCCGCCAGCGCCCAGGCCUACACGCCCGCCUACCCGCAACACCAGCACCAACCCCAGCAAGGUGGGUACCAGUAUCCCCAGCAGCAGUCCCCUGCAGUGCAAUCGCAGCAGCCCUGGCAGCAGCCGCCAGCAACCCAGCAAUUCCACCAGGGUCCGAUGCCACAGGCGCAGGGCAUGCAGCAGCAGCAGCAGCACGGCGGUGUCCAGGGAGCACCUCCAGCCAAGAGAACCCGGUAUGACCAGCAUCAGGCAGCGGCUGUCCCUCCUUUCGUGUCCGGAGGCAUGGCGGCGCCAGGCUCGCAGUUCUAUGGACCUGGCCAUGUCGGCGGCGCCAGCCCCCCCAACCUGCCCUCGGGCACCGGCCCGGCCGGAGCCAGCCCCAUGCAGAGCUUUGGCUGGCAGGGCGCGGGCGCAGGCACAGCCAUGGGAGGCCCGGGUCCCGGCAUGGGCGGCGCUUCGCCUAUGGGGCCUAUGGGCGGCGCCGGAAGGGGCGCUGCGCCCGGCAGAGGCCGCGGCGGUGGACCGUUUGGUGGCCCGCCUGGUCAGAUUGGCUCGCCCAUGUCGCAGGGCGGCUCGCCCGGCGGACCGCAGGCGAUGAGGGGCGUUGGGCGUGGCGGGGUCCAAGGCAGUCCGGUGGUCCCGCCUCCCUUUGCCGCGGACCGCGGCGCAGUCGGCUGGGGCGCCAGAGGAGGCCCCAACAUGGUCAGCAUCGGACGUCGAUCCGGCUCGACGGGCGCCGACCGAGGUGGACGUGCCGGUGGCAUGUCUGCUCGAGGGGGCGGCGGCAGCGCCGGCGGUGGCGGACGUGCCGGUUUCAGCUCGCAGAACACGAUCCCACUCAACGCGCCUAACGGACCGGCCAGCUCCAGGGCUGGUCGCGAUGCAUCCAAGCUUCCAGGUUCCAGGGGCAGCGGUGGCGGCGGCAGCCAUGGCCCUGCAGCGUCCGGCAGCGGUGGCCGAGGCGCCGUCAACGGUUCCGACGCGAAGCGUACGGCACGCGGCGCAGCUCCGGCCUCGGAGUCGGGCCAGGGCAGCGGGUCCAAGAAGUCGGUCUUCUUCGACUUCCAGAUCCGGUCCGUUGACAUUGACGCCAUCGACUGGUCCUGGAGCGCCACCGACGAUGCCUCUGACGAUGACAAAGAUGACGGCGAAGACGACGCGGCGGACGCAUCCCGCGACGUCGAGGACAACGGCGGUGAGGCCUCGUCCACCGUUGGCGAAGAGGCUGCAGGCGGCGGUGAGGCCAAGGAUGCUGGCGGAGCGGGCGCAUCGGGAUCCUCGGGCACGAAGGACGACUCGUCGUCCACCGCCGCUGCCGCCGGUCGCGACGAGCCUCCGCGAGGUCCGCGCAAUCGCUGGAAGAAGGGCUCGGGACGGGCCAAGGGCGCCAGGGCGAAGGCGGCAAACGCAGUCUCGCCCCGGGACUCUACCCGGCUCCGCAUCACCUUUGGCACUCCCGCCAACCUGGGGCCCGAGGGCGCGCCCACUGGGCCCAAGGCCGACAAGAACGCCUCGAAGAAGCAGCAGAGGAAGGCGCAGCAGCGCAAGGAGGCCGGCGCCUCGUCGCAGGGCGACUCGCAAAAGGGCGACGCCGCAGCGGGUGCCGCCGGCGAAGAGGCCAAGGCGAAGCCCGAGGGCGGCGACGCGGCCGCAGGCUCGACGAGCGCCGAGACGGCCGCCGAUGCGCCGACGUCGGCAGCAGCUACCGCGACCGAGCACGGCACCGAUGCGCCAAAGGUCGAGGCAGGCGUCGAAUCGGGGGAGCAGGGCGGCAGCGAGGCCGACGGCCCGAGCAGGGCCGGUGACUGGAGCGCGGCGAGCAAGAGCCCUCCGCAGCAUUCGGCCAACCGCGUCACGAUCACGUUUGCCGGCGCGAAGAAGAGGCUGCUGAUCGAUGCCGACGCCGUCAAGUCGCUCAGCGUUGACCGGGCCGCGGGUCGGAUCGAGGUUGUGGUGCGCGUCGUUACCGCUCCUGUCCAGCCGUCCGCGGCAGCUGUUGCAUCCAAGAGCGGAAAGAAGUGGUCGGAGUGGGUCGUUUGCAAGGGCGUCCUGCUCGAGAGCCGCGGCCAAGAUCAGUCGGGCUACCAGGCGGUCGCACGUCACCAGAUCGAGGAGGCGUGGAAGCAGGGUUCGGCCCAGCCGCCGCGCGAGGGGACCGCCGAUGAUGCCACCCAGGAGGGAGAGGCACCUGUGUCUGACGAUACGGCCGCCGAGGACAAGGAGGGCGAACCGAAGGAUGCCGAGGGCGCGCAGAAGGCGGACGGGCAGAAGACUGACGCGCAGGAGAGCGAGGGUGCAGGCGUCGACCUCGGACCUCUCGCCGACAUCCCGCCGUUCUACCGCCUGCUAGCAUCGCACAAUGGACCGGCCGAGGAUCUGGGCCACGCCGCGUCGACGAUCGACGAGAUGACAAUCGUCGCGCACCUCGACACGGCCUCGCCGCUGCUGGUCGAGCCCACCUGGGUCAAGACGGGCGACGCCGAUAGCUGCAUCACGCAGCUGGCGACCUACAGCCAGCGGCCGCAGGAUCACGAGUGGCACGGCAGGAUCCACGUCGUCGACCCGGACCCGCCGCCGACGCUCGACUCGGUGCUCGACGAGUGGUGUACCGAGUCUUUCCUCGGGUCCGCAAAGGAGAGGAAGAGCUUCCUGGCCGAGACCGUCUCCUCUGCCUACGACGCACGCCCUCAGAACGGCUCCGAGGCGGUGCAGCGCGACGAGGAACGCGAGGCGCUCAACCGCACGCGGAUCAAGGCGCUGGUCGACAUUAUGGGCAGGAUGAUCCGGAGCGCCAACGGGCCGUCUGUGUCGCUGGACGCGCUGAGCGGGCCGCUGGCUGCGGCGGCCAGGGAUUCGCAGAGCAGCAGCCACAGCGUCUCGAGCCUCUGCGUGCUUGCCCUGUCUGACAUGGCGCUCCGAUUCUCGCAGGCGGCGGGCGUGAGCAGCGAGGAGAUCCGCCGCAGCGUGUGCGAGAUGAUGAUGCAGUUCCCCAGGACGGCCCUGUUCAAGACGCUCGACAAUGUGUGGAAGGAGCGUAUGGAAAAGAUGCGCCAGAGUGCGGCGAGCGGCGCUGGGCAGAAGCGCAAGCGGGACAAGGACCGGGAGGGCGAUGACGGUGACGAAGGCGGCGACAACGACAAGACCAGAACGGCGCAGUCCACCCCGGCUCCGGCUCCGACUUCCACGUCCACUUCGACCUGGACCGCUGAGGCUGCGGGCAACGCGGCGACAUCAGCAUCGGCGGCGGAACAGGAGGCAAAGGUCGAGGGCGAUGCCGAGGUCAAGGUCGAAGCCGAGGUCAAGGAGGAGAAGGCGGCUAUGGACGAGGCCGAGACCAAGGCCGAGACUGGCAACAAGCCUGCGGCCGAGGCCGAGGUCGAGGUCAAGGACGAGACGAUGCAGGAAGACAAGGCGACGGUCAAGGGCGAACCAGAGCCGCAGGGCGAGGUCGGCACGAUUGAAGCUGCCCAGGACGACGAGGAGGAGGGCCAGGACCAGAACAGCAAGCCGGUUGAGGAGGCCGCCGCUGUCGGCCUUGACGCGGCAGAUGGAGAGGCGACCACCCUGGCAGCUGGCGAAGAUGGUGACGCCGCCACCGCCGCCGAGGUCACGGAAGAGGUUGUCGGGGGCACCAGCGGCAGCGGCGGAGGCGACGUUUCAAUGACGACCGACGAGGUUGUCGAAUGA